AUGAAAAAACGAACAGCCAAGACACAUUUUCAGUCGACUCGUCGCAAUGAAAAUCACGCAGAGUGUAAUCUUAGCACUCCGGUCACAUGGCCUGAAUUCCAGUUUAAAAACUUUUGGAAUUUAUGGAAUGAAACAAUAGAAACUGUUCAGUUUCUUCAAAAUAAUCCUGUUAUUUCACAAGUCGCAUGGCUAAGGUAG